AUGGCUGAAAUCGAAGAUUCUGGAAUUCCAGUCGAUGACAUCUGGGAAGAUCGAGAAAAACUGGUGCAAAAGGCAAAUCUGAUUGCUGGCGAAGACCUUAUUUUGGACCAAAAUUGGGACACAGUGAACGGCUUCGAGUCCGACCCUCACGUGCGCGCAGCCCUUCUACAAAACCAACCGCCCGGAGGGGUUUUCUUGUUGCUGCCAAACCUGGAGAACGGCUCAGCUUUGUUGGGAAUCCCUAUGUCCUACGUUUCCGACGUCGCCAGCCAUGAUAUUCCGGAUGUAUUCUAUCAGCGCGUCCGCAAGCCUGUGAGACAGCUGCACUCUUGCACUCCACCCGAUUUUGGAAUCAAUCUUGAUGUCGAUGGAAGGAAGGGCGCCGUACCAUGGGUAAACUAG